AUGUGGUGCAAAGAGGGAUGCAGAAUCUUGUGGAGGAUAUUUCUGCGAGCUGCAAGCACAUCAGGGCGUCUUCGUGCCAGAGCCUAAGAGCUGAGUCAAUAGCCCAGUUAGUCUGUACCGGGGGAGAUUAUAUUGGCAUCAGACUUCGGGAAAAUGAAUUUGACCCAAAAGGAAGAAGGCAACUCACCUUUCUAGAUGAUAUGGCACACUACGACUUGGCCCUGAGUGUUGCUUUGCAAUGGCUGGAUAGCUCUGAAGACUUAACUUGGCUGGAGUGGGAGAAAGUGAGAAUGCUACUUUGUGGCAAACCUAUAUACCCGAACCACAGAGAACGAGAAGCAAUGAUUUUAUCAUCUUAUGCUGGAAUCUUAAUGAACAGCAUCCCAAUUGAAGAAGUUUUUAAAAUUUAUGGAGCUGAUUCUUCUACCAGUUCUGGUGCAACUAAGGUUUCCCGAACUCCACCUUUCCGCCUCUCUUUGCAUCCUUUUGCAAUGUUAACAGCACCCAAGGCAGCAGAAUAUGCCCGUAAACAGAGUGUCAAGUUAAGAAGGGGAACAAUGAAUAAAAAUGUCACCAGCAACUCUACAAGGGAAGCUCAUGCCAUGAAGUGGAAAUCAUCAAAAAAAUUAUCUUUGGACACGCAACCAAAGAACAAAGUCACAUAGAAAGCUGGAACUGCAGUGUGGAACUUUAUAAUAAAAUUUCUGGGAGAGUAAUAGAGACAUCUCAAAACUACAACUAUGGACAGCAUAUAUUUUUCUUUUCAUUUAGCUUCUAAUGCAAGAUCAUUGAAAUGUUUAUUGGGGUUCUGAGCUUUCUAUUCAUAGAAGUAUAUAUAUGGGCACAUUCUAAUUUUUUAAAAGUGCAAAUUGUAUGACAUUUCAUUGUGAUCAUAAAAUUGCUGAUUGUAGAACUUCAAGAACAAAUGAUAUCUCUGUCAUAUCAGGCCUUUGAAGCACUUUACAAAUGUUUAGCACUGAGUAUUAUAAAGUGGUGGAAUAAGGGGUAGUUUUCCAAAGUCUAAAGUCCAAAAUAAAAUUAAUCUGUCAUGAAUUGCCUUAACUCUGUUAUCAUAUGGAAAAAUUUACAAAAACAUUUUAAUAAAGCAUUAA